UCAUGGUAGACAAACUUGUUUUGAAGUAGAGGUCAAAAAAAAAAGCACUAAGCUUUAUGCUAUCUCCUUUCGGAAAACAUCUGUCUUGCUCAUUACCGCAACUGUUCGUGGACAGUAAGUGAUGGAAAGAGCAAGCAAGCAGUGUUGCCAAGGUAAAAACGCCAAAGGCAAGGAGUUCGACGUGAUCGCGUCAUCCCAGGGUGUCACCCCGAGUUUUGAGAGUGAGGCUGUUAAUAGUUUACCACAAAACGACUCCGCGGGAAACAGCGUUCAAGAGAUAUAUCCUUGGAUGAAGGAGUUUCGCUCGAAAGGAGCAGCGCAAGAGAAAGAUAACAUAAAGCUCAAUCGAAUCAUCUACAGCACAAAACAACUGGUAGAAUUGGAGAAGGAGUUCCACUUCAACAGAUACCUUUGCAGACCGCGCAGAAUUGAAAUCGCUCUGUCGCUUGGACUCACCGAGAAACAGGUCAGAGUUUGGUUCCAAAAUCGUAGAAUGAAAUGGAAGAAAGAAAGUGAAUGUGUAGAGAAGGCACUAGAGAAUGAAAUCCAGGAACGAAUUAGACAACUCAGCACUCAAAAUGCCUUUGGAAGCCAGUUAUCAGUGUUCUAUAUGAUGAACGUGCAACCAAACGCGCCCCCACUUAACAAAUGGAUGCGCCCUAUCAAUCAAUAUUCUGUUCAAAUGCAUCUGAACCACGAUGCAAGACUUAGGGACAAGCCGAAAGCGAUCUGGAGUAAAGGACCGCCAGGUCAUUGGUGAUUGCCAAGCAUCUGUUUUGGGAAUAGGACUUCCUUUGGUUCCCAACCAGCAUUCACACCUCGUAAAUUACAUUUAACUAAUUUACAGCUCAUUAAUCUUGUUUCGGUUCUAGUUCUGUUUACAAUGAAGGAACGCAUGGGAAGAUUCAUUUGCCUUCUUGUGACGUUGCGUAUAUCAAAGGUUCUGUUUAAUUCGCACAGUUGCAUUAUACACGAGAAAUUGAAAGGGUCGUUUUAAUUCUAGAUUUAAUACUUAGAUCGUCUUUAUACAAUUUUAUAUUUAGUUAUGCACAAAUAUAGCGUAUUCACCUCUUAUUAACACUUCAAACUGAAGAAAACGAAAGAUGGAUAAUAAACUGUACAUGCAGACAUACAGGCAGAGAUAACACGAUUAACAUGCGUGAAUUGCAAGUUGAGAAUUGAAAAGAUACGAGAUACCUUUUUCUUCUUAAGAAAUUCCCACAAACCUCAACUCGUACUUUAUUUAAGAGCUCCUUCAAUAUCCACAAUUUGUGACCCAUAACAGACCGAAAAGAAAAGUGUCAUACAACAUUUUCAGUGCAGAGCUCAAAAUCAAGCUUUUAAUUUGUCGGGUUUAUCAAAAGAGAGUGUUGAAGCCGUGUUUGGUCGGCUUCCAGCACUAUUAUAUUGCUCAACUUCACUUGAACGAUGUUUUCAUAUCUCGAGCUCAAUCUGGCUGAGCUUCUAAGUAGACAAGAAGUCACAAACUUUACCUUUAUGCAUACAGCUAGUGGCAUCUUUCAAAUUAAAUCUUAUGUCUGAAACAGAAUAAUUUUAAAUAGAAUGAAUGUGUGCAUUUUAAUAACCAAAGAUUAACUUAUCCGUUUUUUACACAUUUUGUUCGGUUCAUUGUCGUGUCUCUGUGUAGUAGAGUAAUUUAGGGCAAAUAAGUCUCCGUCCCCGCUAAUAAGUCUCCGUUAUUUCACUAAAUGUUUCGUUAGCGCACCCUACACCACUCGACAAGUUUUUAUCUCGUUCCCACAGUGCCCUUGUCACAUUAGAAGGAGAAACAGUUUUAUUGUUAUGAAACGCACAGGAAGUGGCUUUAGUGGCCCGGAAAGCAAAAGCGUAGAAGCGUAGGUGGCAACACGAGACUUAUUUGUGUGUUUCCACCCGCCUACCGAAACCUCUUCGUACUUCUUAGGUAAACGGCAUGCAGGAUACUAGUUAGCAAUCUGAUAAUAC